AUCGACAUUUUUGUUCAAAAAAAAAAGGGCAGAUCUGUCAAGGAAUAAAAAAGUUGGCUUCUUAGAUUGUGCUGCCCAAAUUUUUCUUUAAAUGUGAUCCGCAAAAGAAAAUCGAGAUAAGCCACUGUAUUAUGUAAUGGCCGAGGAAAUGCUGUCCUUAUAACAUUUGGGAAAAGGAAAUGAAGGUAUGAAUUUGAGCAAGCAUUUAGAGCACACAUAUUUUUCUAGAAACAAUGUCUGAAGUAUCCAAAGACGAGAAAAAACAGCAGCAGCCUGUAUCUGCUGAUGCGCUUGAAGACGACUUCUAUAUGGAAGAUGCUGUUAUAGAUUCCAAUGACGAGGCAGCUUUGUCAGACACCAACGAUGACAUUGAUCAGCCAGCAGAUAUGUCAGUGAACGGCCUAAAACGUAAACGUGAAGAGACGAUAGAAGAAACACAAAACACCCAGGGUAACGAAAAGAAGAAGAAGAAGAAGAAAAACAACAAGAAAAAGAAGCAGUUGAAUCCUUUCGAUAUCAUUAAUAUUUGGACAGAAAAUACCACUGUUCAAGCAGAGUAUUUGGCUGACCGUCAAAAGAUCGCUUUACCCAACCUUUCCUCCGUCGAGUUAGACGAACAAUCUAUACCCGUCGAUCACUUGGUGAAUAACGAAAACUUCAAACAAGAACAUGUGUUAGAUGCACUAUCCAAUUAUAUCAAAUUCGGUGUAGCAGGACAUAAAAAAUUAGGCAAGAAACCAACUGUGAAAGCGAGUCCUGUGGCUCUCGUCAUUACACAUUCUGCAGUACGAGCAGUAGAUCUUGUUCGUGCAUUGAAAGAUUUCUCUUCCACAGCCAAAGUGGCUAAAUUGUUUGCCAAACAUUUCAAAAUCGAAGAACAAAUUGAUUUCCUUGGUCGUGAAGCUAUCCAUAUUGGCGUAGGUACACCUAAUCGACUCCUGACCCUUGUCGAGCAGGGUUAUUUGAAAUUAGACGCACUGGAAUUAGUAGUGAUUGAUACAGAAAGAAAUGCGAAGAGAUUCAAUAUCUUUGAUCUCCAAGAAGUCAGGACAGAUCUAUUUAACUUUUUAGGAACAAACAUUACGCCUCUCUUCAAAAAAGAAAACAGCAAAUUGAAGAUUGGCCUAUUUUAAUAAAGAUAUAUAAUUUGUAACAUCAUCAAUAUUGA